AAAACACUGCAAACCAAGGCUAGUUCAAGCGUACGAAGUCCAGUGGUCAAUCUGGGCUUGCCGAUCGAUCACGUGCAACAGACGAUCAUUGACAGUUUGAGCAAAUGGAUUAGUGAGAUUGACGGAUCUCAUCAGAAACCCAAAGUAAUCCGAGUCCCUGAACACGAGGAAUAUGAAUAUGUAAACCACGGUCAAUUUGAGCAAAAGUUAAAAGAGUUCACUCAGUGGGAUUGGAUUUACGGUUCCAGUCCGGCAUUCGAUGUGGACGUGAAUGACGGGACCAUGAGUGCUGGUGGUGAUGAAUUUCUCGAUUCCGUUCGUCUUUACUGUGAUCGUGGUGGUCGAGUAAACCAACUGAAAGUGACAGAUGAAGUGCGUUUGGAUUCAGAGCUUCUCUGUUUCCUUUCACGGCUUUCCAAUGCACUUUGCGGAUUGGAAUGCCGUCCUUUCGCCUGGGAUAGUGCACUCGAUCAGUUCUGGUCAAAGGAGACAUUUGCCAAUCCCGAGCCCGAAUUGGAAGUAGAGAAACAAAAACUAAUACAAACAUUGAAAAUGUUGUCCCUGCGAUUUUAG